AGUACAUGGUCGGAUUCCGUUCAAAAAUCUCAAUCCGAUUCAAGGUCGGCGCUUGAUAUCUAUCACGUAAAAACACUUUUCGGAGAUGGCCGAAAUGGAAGGGGUUGUUGUCUUGUUACUUCGGAACUGCCCGGAAUAGUACGGAAAACAUCGAAGCAAUUCGGUGGAGUUUGGCGUUUUUUCCGCUGUGGUGUUUUCGCAAUUCACAGUCGCAAAACCAUCGUUUUGCAAGACAUCCUCAAGUUCCCCUGGUAACAGUGUACGGCAUAUGGAAGAUGGCGGAAGGUGAAAAAACAGUGAACGCACUGGAGCUCAGUUUGAAAUGGCGGGAGUUGGUGGACUGUGGCCCAGAUGUCCUGCAGUACCUGGUGGUGCAGGUGCCCCAAAUUUACUGCCUGAAGGCAGAGCCCCAGCCCCAGGAGGAGGAGCUGGCAGUUAGCCGGCUGUUGCAGCCUCUGGAGUGGUUCCUGUUUGGCGAGGACCCACGUGCUGCCCUGGAGAAGUUACAGCAGGGCAGUGGCUCGUCACAACUGUGUGGCCGUGUCUUCAAGGAAGGGGAGACCACAUACUCGUGCAGGGACUGUGCGAUAGAUCCCACAUGUGUGCUGUGUAUGGACUGCUUCCAAAACAGUGUCCACAAGGGCCAUCGCUACAAGAUGCACGCCUCUUGUGGCGGGGGCUUCUGUGACUGCGGAGACCUUGAGGCCUGGAAGACGGGCCCCUGCUGCACCAAGCACGACCCAGGGGCCGCAGUAGCCAUGGAGACGGACGGGGACUGCGUCCUGGAGGCAGACCUGCAGGAGCGCGCUCGGAAGCUUUUCCAGAUACUGCUGCGCUACAUGGCCGACCUGCUGGUGUGGGAGGAGAGCUACGAGCUGCCGUCUGAGCUACAGCCCAGCGUGAAGGAAGACGCAUAUUACUGCGUGCUCUACAACGAUGAGCACCACUCGUACGACCAUGUGAUCUACACGCUCCAGCGCUCGGUGCAGUGUGACCGACAGGAGGCGCAGACACACACCACCCUCAUCGACAAGGAGGGGCGCAGAGCUGUUAAGAGAGGCAGUCGUCAGUCCUGUCAGCAAGCAAAGUCUCUCAUCCAGUCCAAUUCAGAGCACAUCUCCCUGCAGCCUUUGCGUGUGGAGAUCCUGCACUCCGCUGUCAUGGCUCACCAAAGCUUUGCCAUGCGGCUGGGGGCCUGGUUCCAGCAGGUCAUCGGCUACUCAGUGGGGUUCAGGCAGGUGUUCUGCCAGGUUGCUCUGGAGCCCAGCCCAGCCUCGGACCAGCCCAGCCUCAUCAGCCGCCUGAUGCUGCACGACGCACGGCUCUACAAAGGAGCCCGGAAGGUGGUCCACGAGUUAAUAGUCUGCAGCCUGUUGAUGGAGACGGAAUACAAAAGGCUUUUUGCCAUCGAGUUCACCAAGCAUUACAAACAGCUGCAGAAGGACUUCAUCAACGACGACCAUGAGAGGAACAUCUCUGUCACGGCCCUGUCGGUACAGAUCUUCACCGUGCCCACUCUGGCCAGACAGCUGAUGGAGGAAGGGAACGUCAUCACGGUGAUCGUGGACACCGUGAUGGAGAUGCUGUCCGAGCACCUGGACGCCCACAACCGCUUCCACUUCCAGGGAUACAACUCGGACAAGCUCUCGAGGAUCCAGAGUGUCUUCCAAGACCUCAGGUAUAUUCUGAUCAGCAAGCCCGCCGUGUGGACCGACGAGCUCCGGACACAGUUCAUGGAGGGCCUUCGCACGUUUCUGGGAAUGCUGGCCUGUAUGCAGGGCAUGGAGGAAGUGAAGCGGCAGUUUGGCCAGCACAUCGAGGUGGAGCCAGAAUGGGAGGCGGGUUUCUCCAUCCAGAUCCAGCUGCGGCACAUCUACUCCAUGUUCCAGGACUGGUGCGCGGCUGACGAGGAGGUGCUGUUGCUGGCCUUCAGAGAGUGCCACGCCGCACUGAUGCGCUGCAAUAGCCAGCCCUUCACCAGCGAGCCAGUCGACUCCUACAUGUGCAAACACAUCCUGCACUCCCGGCCCUACAAAGUGUCCCAGGAGCCUGUCAGCGUCCACCUGCCCAUCUCCAGGCUGCUCGCUGGUCUUUACGUCCACUUGUGCAGGACCGGGGCGGUGAAACGUCUCCAUGAAUACGUAGACCAGAAAUCGUGUGACUUUGCGUAUUUCGCGGAGCUCCCCCUGCGCUGCAUCGUGCUGGCCGCUCAGGUCUCCGCCGAAAUGUGGCGUCGGAACGGACUGUCGCUCGUCAGCCAGAUGUACUAUUACCAGGAUGUGAAAUGCAGAGAUGAGAUGUUUGAUAAGGACAUCAUCAUGCUUCAGAUCGCAGCUUCGAAGAUGGACCCCAACGACUUUCUGAUGCUUGUCUUGCAACGAUUUGAGCUGUUUGAUGUUUUUAACGGGAGCUGCUCUAGUAAAGAUCAGGAGCUCUUGAAACAGUGGAACAGGCUGACUGAGGAGAUGCUUCAUCUUCUGAUCAUGGUCAUAGGUGAGAGGUAUGUUCCGGGCAUCAGUCAGGUGACCAAGGAGGACGUGACCAUGAGGGAGGUGAUCCACCUGCUAUGCAUCGAGCCCAUGGCCCACAGCAGCUUGGUCAAGGGCCUACCGGAGAACGAGAGUCAUGAAACUGGUCUUGAAAAUGUUAUUCCUAAAGUUUCCACUUUUAAGAAGCCGGGAGUCUCGGGCCAUGGCUUGUACGAGGUGAAGAAGGAGUGUCUUCAGGAAUUCAACCCCUUCUUUUACCACUAUACUAAAUCCCAGCACAGCAAGGCUGAAGAUGCUCAGAAGAAGAGGCGGAAUCAGGAGGGUAGCGAUAAAGCUCUGCCGCCCCCGGUUCCGCCUGCGUUCUCCCCGGCGUUCUCCAACAUCGUGCGCCUGCUCAACAGUGACAUCCUGGUGCAGAUUCUGCGGAGGGUUCUGCUGAAAGCCCUGGAGGACCGGGUCACGCAGUGGACUGAGGCCAUGAUCCACAGGGCCCUGCACCUGAUUGGCCAAGGCCUUCUGGAGGAAAAGGCCCAGCUGGAAGCCAGCCGGGAGGAGGAGGUGGCCUUUGACUUCAGCCUCAAGGCCAAGAGGAUCGGCUCAGAGCAUGGCAAGUCCCUUUUCCAUAUCCUGUCCAAGCUGAAGUCGCUCGCCGCCCUGGAGGCCCAGAAGGACAUGAUCAAGUGGACUCUGCAGGUUUUUGAAACUGUAAAGUGCCUCCGGGAGAAGUCCACCCCCCACACCUCCAUGAGUAUGGACCAUACCAGGCCAGAGGAGAGUGUCCAUGACAAGGAGAAAGCUGAGCGGAAGCGAAAAGCAGAGGCAGCCAAGCUCCACCGUCAGAAGAUCAUGGCCCAGAUGUCGGCCAUGCAGAAGAACUUCAUCGAGACCCACAAGAUGCUCUACGAGAACAUGCCAGAGACUGGGGGCCAGGGGGAGCCCUCGGUCUCCACUGUGAGCUUUGCCAUGGAGCUGGGCGAGUCGCGGGUGGCGGUGGGGCCCCAGCGCGGUGUAACGGUGCCUGAGAGGGAGCUGCUGACCUGCAUCCUGUGCCAGGAGGAGCAGGAGGUACAGGGCAAGGCCCCCGCCAUGGUCCUGACCGCGUGCGUUCAGAGGUCCGCCGUGCUGACGCAGUGCCGGGGCAAGACCCUGCCUAACACAGAAACCUACGACCCCCUCUUCAUGCACCCAGACUUGGCCGUGGGGACCCACACAGGCAGCUGUGGCCAUGUCAUGCACGCCACCUGCUGGCAGAAGUAUUUCGAAGCGGUGCAGAACACCACGCGGAACCGGCUCCACGCGGACCUGAUCAUCGAUCUGGAGAACGGCGAGUACAUGUGUCCCCUCUGCAAGUCCCUCUGCAACACCGUGGUUCCUCUCAUCCCCCUGGUGCCGCUCGCCCUCAGCUAUGAGAGUGCAGAGCUGGUGGGCCAGUUCCUCACCCUCCCUCGCUGGAUCCAGAUCAUCCAGGCCCGGGUCAGUGGGCUUCAGUCCCUCUCCCAGGGGAACGAGGGCAAAGACGCGGAGGCCCAGCUCUUCGGGGAAGGCCAGGCAGACUUCAGGUCCAUCCUGAGCUUCGGCGUCCAGGCCCCCACCAAGUAUUCAGACAGCAUCACGGAGAUGCUGGUGGUGUGUGCCACCACAGUACACCGCGUGGGCCUCAAGAUGGCGCCCAACGAGCUGGACCCGCGGGUGCCUAUCAUGUCCUGGAACACCUGUGCCUUCACCAUUCAGGCCAUUGAUAACAUGCUGCAGGAAGAGGAGAAGGCUCUAUUCGGAUCCUUACAAUACAGACAGCAUGCCGGCCUGAGGGCAGUGGUCCAGUUCUCUGCCGCACAGAGACUGAAGUGCCCUCAGGCAGUCAUCCAGAAGCACUUCAUCGGGAUGCUGGCAGCUCUGCUACCCGUCAAGGGUGUGGAAGGAACUCCCUCUAUCCUGGAAGUGGACUGCUUCCACCUCCUGGUGGGGCUGGUUCUGGCGAUUCCAGCACUCUACCAGGAGGAGGCGGUAGACCUGCAGCCCUCCGCCAUCAGCUCGGCCUACAACCACCUCCACCUGCUCCAGCUGGUCACCAUGGUGCACGUGCUGCAGAUCCUGCUCUCCUGUCAGGACACGACAGGGGUGAUGGGAGGAGAUGAGGGAGAGCAGGAGAAAUCUGCCGCUGAGCUGUACAGGAUCGUUUCCCAGUACACUGAAGGGCUGAAGGCGGAUGUGCCUGGCUGCUUUGUGGUAGACAAAGUGAGAAGAGGCGUGGUCUCCUUCCUGCGCUGUGCCGCGCUCUUCUUCAAUUGCCUUUUAGGAGUGCCGCCCCCAGAGGACCUCUCCAGUACUGCAGUGUCCGCUGAUGUUCAGUUAGAGGCACUCUGCAGUUAUCUGGCAUUGCCCUCCAACUUGUUCCAGCUCUUCCAAGAACACAAGGAGACUGUUUCCCCUUUAUUGCAGAGGUGGUGUGGGAACCCAGCAAUUUCCAAAGCACUGAAAGGAGAGAUUCCAUUGAUUAUGUAUCCAAGGAAACAAAACCGGUUAAUAGAUCUUCCAGAGGACUACAGUGCUCUGCUCAAUCAGGCCUGUCACUUUCAGUGCCCCAAGUCGUCGGACGAGGACAGGAAGCACCCGACCCUGUGCUUGUUCUGCGGGGCCAUGCUGUGCUCCCAGAGCCCCUGCUGCCACGAGAAGCUGGACGGGGAGGAAGUAGGGGCCUGCACCGCCCACGCUGCCACCUGUGGGGCCGGAGUGGGAAUGUUCCUCAGGAUUCGGGAGUGUGAGGUGGUUCUGAUGGCCAGUAGGACCAGAGGGAGCACGUACCCCGCCCCCUACCUGGACGACUAUGGCGAAACAGACCCUCAGCUCGGGCGGGGGAACCCUCUGCACCUCUCUCCGGAGCGUUACCGCAAGCUGCACCAACUGUGGCAGCAGCACUGCGUCCUGGAGGAGAUCGCCCGGAGCCUGGAGGUGGUCAGCGUCAUGUUCGCCCUGGAGUGGCAGAUGCUCUGACCGCGGAGAGGAAGCCAGAGGCGAAGGAAGACUCCGUGAGCCGCUCCCAGCGUGACACCCCCACUGUUCUUUGCGCCUGCCGCGUUCGGUUAGGCCUGGAGAGCGGGGGAACCGGGCAGGGCGAGGGAGAGAAGGAACCGGAAUGAAGGGCCUCCUGUCUAAACACCGGGCCUGGCUCCACAACAGGCCUCGGCGGGACAAUCGAAACUUUUUCUUCUUCGGGCAAGCGGCCAACCCCCUCACGUGAAGCUCGUUCACAAACCUCAUUCACCCCCCACCCGUUUCCCUGCUGCCUACCCGCGCGAUACAUGUCCACCUCCAGGGGGCGCUGUGAAUCAUCUGAGGAUUUGACAUGGUUUUAAAAGGGCAUGACGGGAUUGUGUACGUUUAUGAAUCGAUUUAUGGAUUAGGCCGUAUUUUUCUUUUUUUUUUUCUUUUGAAUGAUUCUCGUACUGGGAGACCAUGUGCCUCCCACUGUGUCUAGUCCUCAGAAACGGAUGCUUCUCAUUAUUAUCUAUAUGGAAUUUGAUAAAUAUAUAUAUAAGUUUUGUUUAUAUGCAAAAAUUAUACAAUAUAUUAAUGACAAAUUUGGGAGGUUACAAACACUUCCAUUCGAAAACAAGUGUCAGGCUUCGCUUUCCCCUGUAUUUGCUUUGAUGUUGAUCUCGACUCUGCUUCAGGGCACCAGACCUUGCUCACUGAACAGCUACCAGUGCUUUACUUUGCCAUUAUUUAACUUGUGUACAUAAGUGAAGCUUUUGGGGUAGUACUUCUGGGGCAUGUUUUUGUUUUAGUUUUUUUGCUGUAACUGACGCCCGUUGCAGUGUGUUCAGUCGACUGAACACCUCCACGUUUCGCUUCGUUAACGUGACCCUGAACACUUUGUAUUUCGUAUGGGUGCCAUCCAUUUGCAUUGGAAUCCAAUUGUCAGUAAUGAUUUCCUAGCAUCUAUGUUGAAGAAAAAGGAAAAAUAUAUAUUUAUAAAAAUAUAUACUUCCGUAUAGCGAUAAAAUCAUCACCAGGAAAAAGCUUUUACGAUAACAGUGGUUAUAAACAUCCCCACAGGUACGGACGCACACACACACACGCGCGCAGGCACACAUGCAGACGCACACGCGCAUGCACACGCAGGCUGAAACACAGGCACACACGCAGACACACACACACACACGCACGCUGAAACACAGGCACAGUGGAGCACACAUGUACUGUACUAUAUUACCAUGCUUAGGAAUGUAUUGUGCAUUUUACAGGCCAUUUGUGUUAGAUUUUAUUUCCAAAUCUCCUUUAUUUACUCUUUGAAAUGUGCUGCCGCGGCAGACUAAAUUAAACUAAAUAAAGGUGCAUUAAUCCAGUGCUCCUUGUGGAUAAUGGUAGAAAUAUUUUUUUCUGUAUCUUAAUUGUCUUGGUCAGAAGUUGUAUCAAUAAAGGAGUUCUGAACAAGCAAACUUGUCACAGGCGUCAGGGUCCAAAAAGGGUAAAAGCACGUGGGUCAAAAAUGGGACAUGAAUACGGCCAUUACAGAUCUGAUUAUCGGAUACAAAAUCGUAAAAACCCGUUUCGUAUAUGUGUUGCUGUAUGUGUGUUGCUUUCUUACACUUCUCACUCAGGAGAUCUGGGAAAGAAAGUGUACUGGCCUGGAAAGGGAUUUCCGUGAGAGUUUUUCAGCUUUUUGGAGUUAACUGCUGUAGAUUGAUGGUAAUACACCAUGCUGUGGAUGGUGAAUUGGGCUACAUUGAAAUGAGCUGCUUAUGGGGGAAGAAUUGCACAUAUACAAUGCAAUGUUUCAUUUUGUUCUGUUAUACUGAGAACAGGUGGCGAAUCUGGCGUUGAGUGAGUAAACCAAUUUAUCUGUAUUCAGUAAAUUAUUUAGGGUGAAUAAAUGCAAAAAUAAUACUAAAAUGCUCAACUCCUGUUUAUUUUCCCAUGUUUUAUUUUUAGUUUUUAAGAAUCAGGAGAUCUUUGAUUGUCCCGUAAAUUAAAUGUAAACCUUUCAUCCGCUUCCUUGUGUUUCAUGACCAGCUUGUACUGUAUAUGCUUGUCUUAACGGGUGCGAUUGGGACAAGCAAUUUUUUUUUGUUCGCUGGCGUUCUGUCUUUAUGUGAAGUCCUCCGGAUUACUAAAUAUAAUGGCCACACUCUUGCCAUGGCACAGCUACGGUGUAUCUUAAUAUUUUCAGUGGUUGUGUUAUUCUCCCUGAUUGUGAUAUCUGCAAAGGUAUUCAGACAACUUAUUCCUACUUCCCACGCAUGUACGUAAUCAGGACUGUAUAACGUCUUCGUGUCUUCCCCACUGCGGUAGGAAUGUAAAAGGAUUCUCAUGGAGAGAAAACGAUUAACCAGCCAUUUGCUUGUGAGCCGCUGUACAAGUCUAAAAUAAAUCCCUCAUCUUGUUAGUCUGGUCAGUCAUUUACCUUUACCACUUGAAACAUGUUUUCAAUAUGUGUAGGAGUAAAACUGAAGACCUCUGCCACCACCCACUCCUCCAUUCUCAAGCAGCCCUUUACUGAAGUCUUUUGACCUAGAUGUUGUGUAAACUGUGUACCUUUAGUAAAUUUAUCUUUUGUACUGAAGCAGUCUUUGGGUUUCUAUUCCCGUGUCUUCUGACCUAGAGGACAGAGGGAGGUGAUAUUCCAUAGUCAUCUGUUAAUCUUCCCAGAGACAUGCACCCCCACCUUCAACAGGGACAACACUAUCAUUCAGCCCUUAAGGGAAAUCCAGGAGUGUUAACCCCAUAGCAGUCCGAUACAUUUAUGUGCAAAAGAAAUAGACGAUGAUAUUUGUUUAACGCUAGUGAAUGUUUGGAAUAAAGUGGGAGAUUGGAAA